CAAAUACCUAACCUGAAAGAUUGUUUAUCAACAACGCAUAUUUACUAUUUUUUGUUGGAUAUUUUAAAUGAAAUAUGUGAUUCAACAUGAUUAAAUCGUUUUGAUAACAGAGACAUAUUUCGAUGCCAUUCACAGUAGUCCACACUCCAGAUGCUUCUGUGAUGGCCAGCACUUUUUCUUGUGCCCAAGAGGGUCCUGUGAAUGCUUUAGCUUUGAAUAAAGACUACACCCAAGUUGCAAUAGCUGGAAGAAAUGUGUUCAAAAUUUAUUAUAUCGAAGAUGAUCAGUUCAAAGAAGUUCUUAAUUUACGAGCGUCAAAGCACUUGGGUACCUGUUUUUCAUGCAACGACGUGGCGUGGAGCUCUAUUGAUGACAAUUGUUUGGCCACUGCGGCAACAAAUGGCCAUGUAUGUGUCUGGAACUUAUCAAAAACAGGAAGGGCUAUGCAGGAAAAGGAUUACCAAGAACAUAAGCGGACUGUGAAUAAAGUUAAUUUUCAUACUUCUGAACCUUACAGAUUGAUUUCUGGUUCACAAGAUGGUACUAUGAGAUAUUUCGAUAUCAGAAUGCCAUCUGCUGUUGCAAUAUUUUAUAGCAAUACCGAAAGUGUUCGUGACGUUCAGUUUAGUCCACACAAUCCUUAUGCAUUUGCUUCUGUUUCUGAAAAUGGUAGUGUACAGUUAUGGGAUGUAAGGAAACCAGACAGAUACCAGCAACAGUAUACUGCACAUAGUGGCCCCAUAUUUGCCUGUGACUGGCAUCCAGAAAUGGCUUGGUUAGCCACAGCAAGUAGGGACAAAACCAUCAAAGUUUGGGAUUUAACUAACAAACCAACUCUGGAAUACACCAUCCACACAAUAGCAUCAAUAGGUCAAGUUAAAUGGAGACCUCAGAAAAAGUACCAUAUCGCCAGUUGUGCUCUAGUCAUAGAUUCCACAAUAAAUAUUUGGGAUGUUCGGAGACCCUUUAUACCUUAUGCAGCCUUCAACGAGCACAAAGAUAUAGCCAGUGGUAUUGCAUGGAAAGGAGAUCCUGAUUCAUUUCUAAGCACUGGACGGGAUUGUACCCUUUUUCAUCAUGCUUUCAGCGACGCUGAUCGUCCUGCUAGUAAAGCUAAUUCACAGGCUGUUUCGAUGAACAAGAGAGGGGAAGUACUCUUCGCACAAAAAAUUAUAGUUUCUAACAAUACUGCUACAAAAAGCACAAUAGGUCUUAUAAGAAAAAGUUCGACAAGUGUUCCCCCUGACUAUUUCCAUCAAACUGCCAGCAUAUUGCAGCAUUUCACGAAAAACAUUCAGGAAAGUCAGGAAUCUGAUGCAUUUUUAUAUUUUGCCAAAAAUUACAUACUUAGUGGAAGAACUUUGUCAGAAAUGUGCGAUCAUAAUGCAGCUGUUGCCAAGGAGUGUGGAAAAGCAUCAAUCGCGAAAGUUUGGAAUAUAGUGCAAACAAUGUAUGGUGAAGAGUUCCUGCAAAAUUCGGAAGUUAUCACGCCUAGAAACAGAGAAAACUCGAUGACUGGCUUGGUAUCGUCCCUAGUCAAUUUAGAUAAUUCGGGGAAUGAUCAAUUAUCCAAAGGUAAAAAUGGGUUCUUUUUGUAGAAGAGAUAUCUAAUGCAGUUUUCGUUAGAUGGCGAUACUCCUGCAGCUCAAUUUAGCGACGAGACUGAAAAUGAAGAUCAGGUUGAUCACAUUGCUAUUUAUAACAAUGGUUUUCCAACCUAUCUCAAUUAUCGGACUGGUCUGCCAAAGGGAGAUUUUUCGUUUGGUGAAAAUGAGCUGGAUAUGGAGUUUGACGGUAUAGUAUCUGAUUUCAGGAAUAGUUAUCGGUCUUUCCAACCGAUACCUAUUCAGCAGGAUUGGACCUUGCCCAACGAGGCAUUCCCAAUCAGACAUGAAAUCCUCGAUAGAUCUCCACCAGCGGAUCAAUUCCCCAAUAGAAAUUCUCCAGACAUUCACGAGGAUCCUUUUCCAUUGAUCACAUCCGUUCAAGACCAUCCACCAGGUAUACUGACUGUGCGUUUGGUACCAACAAAGUUGGCAUGGGACCCAGGAAGCAUAGUGGUGGAUGCCUUGAGAUACCACGUCACCUUGGGCGAUAUACAGACUUCCGUUUGUAUACUGAUAGUACUGGGUGAACAAAGAAAGAGUCUUGUGGAAUUAGAUGAAGCGACGCAGGAACAGUGGCUUUCGGGUUACAUAGAACUGCUGACCAGAUACCAACUUUGGGAUAUCGUAACUCAAAUUAUCAAAUUGUCUUGGAUUCCAGGCAUAAGUCAGCUCAAUCAGCAAUCCACUAGGAUCAACUCCAACUGUAGCAAAUGCAACAAACCAUUACAGAGGAUAGGGUGGUUAUGUGACAAAUGUCACUCGUCGGAAUACGCCCUGUGCAGCGUUUGUCAUCAGGUGGUGAAAGGAUUGUAUGUCUGGUGUCAGGGAUGUUCUCACGGUGGUCACAUGGGGCACAUUCAACAGUGGAUUGCGAAAAAUAACAUGUGUCCCACAGGGUGCGGACAUUUUUGCGAGUAUAGAUAAGGGACCGAAGGAACAUUGUUGUGUAGUAAAUUUAAUAUACCUAUCGAUUUUUA